AUGUCUUCAUUAUACUCCAGGAAUUCCCAUGGAAGUAGUGGCAACAGUUCAAACUCUUCGUUCAAAAAGAUUUUCAAAUUCACCAAAUCUUUUGAGAAGGGUGCAUACUCUGUCAUGUAUGCCAUGACCAAGAAUAAUACAUUCCCAAAGAUUCUUACAAUUUUUAGUACAAUCAUUGAAUUCAUUCAAUUGGUAUCUUUUGGUUUUAAAGCUAUAUUUCCAUGGGGAGGAGAAACCGGUUAUUGGUUAACACGUAUUAUUGCACCAUUUUCACAUCCAUCGGCAUUGUUCAAGUAUCAGGCAUACACGAUUUUGUUCUGGAUUGUGGUGUCGCUGAUGCUCCUUGGUUUCUUGAAUAUGUUUUACGUUGGUUACAAGUUCUAUCAAGGAAAGAUCGCCAAUAUCCAUUUCAUUAGAACUCUCCGUUGGUUCGUAAGUUUCACAGUUAGUGUAUUAUAUAUACCUAUAAUCUCGCUGUUCCUUAUUAGUCUGUAUUGUGAGCGUGAUCAAAUCGGGCAGAGCGUACUCGCAAAGUUCAUGGAUCAAGAUGAGAAAAUCCAGUGUUUCGGUUCCACCAAUUCACCGUUGGCUGCCAUCUCCAUCGUUCUAAUCAUUGCAUUCAGUUUGAUAGCAUUCCUCACCUCACUUACAUACUAUGAAUUCGAUACAACAGUUACAGCAAGAUUUGCUAAACCACAUGCAAGAUUUGAUGUAACUAUAUUAUUAGUAAAGACAAUAUUCUCAUUCUUCUUUACACUCCUCUACAAAUAUCCAUGGGUACUUUCCAUUACAUUCUUCAUUGGUAUGAUUUGGUUAACAUUUGGUUCAAUUUUCUUUUUACCAUUUAAUAAUCAACAUUUAAAUCAAGUUAAAACUGGAUUAUAUACAUCUGUUCUUUGGGUUUCAAUUUUAACAAUGGCAACUUUGGCAUCGAAUAAUACAAAGUCUCCAACCACUGCCUAUUUGGCAUUGGUAGGUGUUAUUCCAGCAUUUGCUCUCGGUUACUUUGCCAAUUAUUUCUAUUACCGUUGGUUGAAUAUCAAACUCGAUGAGUUUUUCGAAGCCAACGGUGGAAUGAAUAGAAGUCGUAGUCGUUCCGAUUUCGCUUCCAAGGAAAAGGAUGCAAUUGAACUUACUCAAUCCACUGCUCAACUCACUGAGAACCGAGUGAAAUUCGCAGAGAACCAAUUGGGUAGCAAGAAAGAGCUUUCAUUCCCCUUCUUUGAAUCGCGAUAUGUAUUCUCACACAUCGUUGAGAUUAUGGCGCGUCGUUUGCUUGCCGACCGUGAGACCGACCAGGAUUCCAUCGACAGAGCCAACCUCUUCUACCAGUGCGGUCUCCAAUACUUCCCACGAUCGACACUCGUCUGGAUGGCUUACUCUAACUUCUUGAUCUCUGUGCGUAAAGACCGUCACGUCGGUUAUGCAUCGCUCGAGAAACUGCGUUCGCUCAACCCAAAGAUGAUCGAUAUUCGUUUCUUCAUUUUCCAACGUGAUCGUGACAGAGAGCAAAUGAUGGACUCGGAACUGCGUGGUCCCAACGCUUCAAAGAUUGAAGAUUUCGUUUCGUACAUGGAGUUCAAGAAGCUCUAUUCUGGUGCUCGUCGUUCGCACACCCAAUGUCUGGAGUACAUCCGUAGAUUCUGGCGUCAUCUCGUUCAUGAAACCGUUGAUCUCAGUCGUCUCUCCUCGUUGUCCGGCAAGAUUGCCAACAGCGAACGUUCUGCCACUGAGCAAUACGAGCGACUUCUCAGUCUUAAUCCAAGCUCGGUUCGUGUGCUCCGUGACUACUCGCAGUUCCUCGAUGAAGUCGUCAAGGAUCGUCAUAUGUCGGCGCGUCUCAGUAAGCGUGCCGACCAAAUCGAAGAAUCCAUGAGUAAGUCGCUCAGUAUGGAGCACGAAGGUGGUCUCGGAGCAAUCACAAUCGACUCUGACCACGAAGAGAAGCUCGAGAAACUUGAGAAGGAGUCGAUCGAUCGUCCAAAUUCAAGCUCCAAAGACGAAGACACCUCUGACACCUCGGGCUCAAGUCAUCGUGCUGCCCGUCGUUACGCCGAAUACCAACAAUCCAACUCGAUUACCAAGCUCGCCUGGCUAAUCUUUGUUACCGCCCUACUCUCCCUCAUUUUCCUCAUUGCUUCGUUUGUUGUUCUCCGUAACCAAACACUUUCUCAGAAAUACGCUUUCCAAGGAAUCGUUUCUCUCGGAGAAGCUGCUGCCAUCUCAGUUGAGAUUGCCGGUUUCGCCAAACAAAUGAAAGGUUUCACCUACACCAACGAUGUUCAGGCAUUCAACGAUAUGCAACUAGUAGCAGUCAGGUCACUCAACAUCCUCGAGAAUAUUCAUCAUGCUAUCUACUGGGGUGAAACUCAACCGUACAGUUUUGUUGGAGACGACAUGUACGACCUGAUGUCACAGAAUGGCUAUCAUAUGUAUGAUAUUGGAUCGAAGGCAUUCAAGUACUCCGAUUUCAACAAGACCAGACCAAUUACUCCAACCGCCGAAACACUUUACAAUCUCUACAAUUCACCGAGUGGUAAUUUCACUGUUUACAUUCCUAGCGCCGCCAAUUGGACCGACAUGGAAUACAACUUCUGGAAAGCUGGAAAUCUCUUUGUUGACUAUGGACUGGUAUUUGCUGUUCUGUUGCUAAUCGCUGUAUUGCUCUUUAGACCGGUUGUUUCUCGUAUCACCAAUGAAACACUUCGCACCAUGAUGCUCUUCACCCUCGCACCCAGAGACAUGGUAAAGAAGCUGUCUGCCAAGCGACCAAAGUUCCUCAAUAACAUUGACAGUUCAUCAGAUCGUGAUUUGGAAUUCUAUGAAUCCGGAGGUGAAGAACCAGACCAUAAGGAAAAGAAAAAGAGUGCUGCUGCCGGCACUGCAGAUGACCAAGUCAUCGAUAUCGAGAAACUUCAAUCAGAUGAAAAUCAAGAGAAAGAACACUUACUACAAGACACCCCAAUCAAGAUGGAAAAAAGAAAUGUAAACAAGAAAUCAUUGAGAUCGAUCUUGAUAAAGUUACAUUAUUCAUACAUAUUUGCUUUGUUCCUACUAUUUGGAAUUAUCACAAUGUCGCUGUUUGUAUCGUUUACUGAGACACUGAAGGAUUCAAACGCUGGAAGCGACCUGACAUUGUGUGCACAGAGAUAUACUGAUCUUCACAUGGUUAUCUACUACUCAUUCGACUAUGUCACUAUGAAGGACGAAUGGUUCGCCGGAUUGCUACUCAAGUACGUUGACGACCUACAAAUGAAACAUCAACAACUCGAAUCGCUCUCCUCAACGCGAACAUUGAUGGAAGGUGGAUACGGUUGCUACAUGAUUAACAAAACAUUAUGUAGAGCUUCCAACGAUACAUACUAUGGCGAUGUAAGUCCCGGUUUGGAUUGGACAAUCGAGCAAUUCAUUCAGAACGCCCUGGAAAUCGGACAUACCACCAACACUUCGUUGUUGUCCACCAACAUGGAGCCGCUAGCCUGGAUCAACUCCGUAGGAAACAACGAAGUACACGACGGUAUGGCAAGAGCUACCUUUUUGUUCUUUGACGAGUGGCAAGAUAUCCAAGCGAAAGCUGUCAAUAGUAUCACCAUUGCAUUCGUCGUCGGUAUGGUAGCUAUCGUUGUCAUCUACGUCGUCUUGUUCCGACCGUUCAUCAGACGUCUCAGAGUACAACACACUCAUACCCUCGGUUUGAUCCGUCUAAUGCCAAAGGAUAUCCAAUCAUUACAAGUCGAUGAUAAACUAUUAGAAGAUUAA